UCUGCCUGGAACCAGACUUCCAGAAGCAGAGCACUUGCAUGCAGCGCUGCUCGGAAGGCAGAAGGAAGAGGCUCUGAGGGAGCAGGACGUCUCCUGUGAGCCCCCGAGGUGCGCAGUGUGAGGAUGGCAGAGCAGCAGGGCCGGCAGCUCGAGGCCGAGUGCCCUGUCUGCUGGAACCCCUUCAACAACACGUUCCACACCCCCAAAGUGCUGGACUGCUGCCACUCCUUCUGCGUGGAGUGCCUGGCCCACCUCAGCCUGGUGACUCCCGCCCGGCGCCGCUUGCUGUGCCCACUCUGUCGCCAGCCCACUGUGCUGGCCUCGGGGCAGCCCGUCACCGACUUGCCCACGGACACUGCCAUGCUCAGCCUGCUCCGUCUGGAGCCGCACCACGUCAUCCUGGAAGGCCGUCAGCUCUGUCUCAAGGACCACCCCAAGAGCCGCUACUUCCUGUGCCAGCCCCGGGUCUACACGCUGGACCUGGGCCCCGAGCCUGGGAGUCAGGCUGGGUCCCCCCAGGGCACAGCUCCUGUCACCGUGCCUAUGCCCGUCCCUAUCCCCAGCCACUACUCUCUGAGGGAGUGUUUCCGCAACCCCCAGUUCCGGAUCUUUGCCUACCUGAUGGCUGUCAUCCUCAGUGUCACUCUGUUGCUCAUCUUCUCCAUCUUCUGGACCAAGCAGUUCCUUUGGGGUGUGGGGUGAGCACUCUGCUCCCCGACAAGGAACCAAGUCUUUCUCAGUUGCUGCUGGGUUUGGCAACUGCAAAGUCCCCUUUGGUGUCGUCUUCCUUUGUCGUAUUGUUCAUUUACAGUCCAGGGAUCGGCUGGGCCAUGUGUUUGCUUCUGGGACCAGCGAGGGGCCUAAUGCAACGAGGAAACAACACAAGCUGAAGGGCUGGGAGAUGUGGAGAGACCUCUGGGUGUGAAACAUGGGGUCACGGAAGGGCAGAGAAGCAGUUCUAUGACUACAGAGCUACACAGCAAGUUGUGCCAAAGGGCAGGACAAUGGUAUCCAGGAUCCUAGCCUAAACAGCAAGUUGUAUUUCUCACUGGAGCUGCUUUGGACUCAGUUCACAAUUUUUUUUGAAUUGUGAUUUUUACAGUGGGUUGCUAAAAAAUUUGGAAAGUGAGCUUCAAUUCUGCGGAUGAAUGUGGUUGUUCUACCCUUUCUCUUUGGAUGUUUUGCUACCAGUCACAGUAAAAAUGUCCUGCAUUCGUGAAUGCAUUCACUUAUUCAUUCUACAACCAUUUCCUGGGCUGGUGCUGAGUGCCAGGACUAAGGGAAGAGAAAAGUGGGAUUUUCCAGGGGUGGCAGAUGGCCCUUACCAGCAGG